AUGGGAAACAUAUUAAAUAAGCUACACAUCUGGUAUGAAAAACUUGUGAAAUUCCGUUUUCCUCAAGAUGAGGCAGAUACUGUUCCACUAAUAGACACUAACUUUCACACUGAAAAAAUAAGGAGAUAUGGUGAUAUCCUGAGAAAUACAAAGCUACCGAUUGACGACAGGGCCAAAGCUGCACACUAUAUUGGACUGCUGGCUUAUACAGGUGGUGUCACCAGUAGUGCGCCUGCAUCAGAAUAUAUUCAGGACAUGACUGAUAUGUUGAUCAUGGCAGAUACUCCCAAGAAGGUGAGGAUUGCAGUGCUGAAAGGGUUAUGUGGUAUAUGCUACUUAAGCUACAACAACCAAAACCAUGCCAAAGAGCUCCAUCUCACCGACAUUCUUCUUGCCUCUUUGGAUGAGGAUGAGGACGAAGACGAAGAUUACACUGAUGAUGAUCAGGAUAUAAUCAUGGUGAAGUUCUGGGUCUGUUAUCUUAUGACUGUCGUCUGCUGUAACAACAUCCCUUAUCUUAAAUUAUUUCAGGAAUCAGGUGGGGAAAUGCUAGAGAACAGGCUGGAAUCCCUCUCUAGCAUGGAAUGGUUUGGAUGGCCAACAAACUAUGCUGAAGUGAUGCUUUCACUCCUGGGAUUUCAGAAUGUACGGUUAGACUAG